AUGACAGUCUCUAUCAACAAAGCAGAACAAGCAUAUUUGGAUCUCUGUCAAAAAAUCAUUGACGAAGGAGAACAUCGACCAGAUAGAACCGGAACGGGAACCAAAUCCCUCUUUGCCCCACCACAAUUACGGUUCGAUUUAUCCAAUGAUUCGUUCCCAUUGCUAACUACUAAACGUGUAUUCUCCAAGGGGAUAAUACAUGAACUCUUGUGGUUUAUUGCUGGAUCCACGGAUGCCAAAAUCUUGAGUGAAAAAGGAGUUAAAAUAUGGGAGGGCAAUGGUCUGCGAGAAUUUUUAGACAAUCUUGGAUUGACCCAUCGUCGUGAAGGUGAUUUGGGACCAGUUUAUGGGUUUCAAUGGAGGCAUUUUGGUGCUGAAUAUAAAGAUUGCGAUACUGACUAUACUGGCCAAGGUUUUGAUCAGUUGCAAGAUGUAAUUAAGAAGUUAAAAACUAAUCCAUAUGAUAGAAGAAUCAUCAUGUCAGCUUGGAACCCACCGGAUUUCCUGUUGAUGGCGUUGCCCCCAUGUCAUGUCUUUUGCCAGUUUUAUGUCAGUUUCCCUAAUGAGUCUCAACUGGCUUCUAACUCCAACACCAGCAACACCAAGAAAGCCAAAAUAUCAAGCAGACCAAAAUUAUCCUGUUUAUUAUAUCAAAGAUCGUGUGAUAUGGGCUUGGGUGUACCUUUCAAUAUUGCAUCAUAUGCAUUACUCACAAAGAUGGUUGCUCAUGUGGUGGAUAUGGAUUGUGGAGAAUUUAUCCAUACCUUGGGUGAUGCCCAUGUAUAUUUAGAUCAUAUUGAUGCAUUAAAGGAACAAAUGACAAGAAUACCAAAACAAUUUCCCAAAUUGGUGAUCAAGGAAGAAAGAAAAGAUGCAAUUAAAACUAUUGAUGAUUUUAAAUUUGAAGAUUUUGAAAUUGUUGGAUAUGAACCUUAUCCUUCAAUCAAGAUGAAAAUGAGUGUUUAA